UAAAAAGCUGAAAGCUCGAAAAUUGAACCCUGUAUCCCCUUCGAAAGAGUAAACAGCUGGAGCCGCGCCGCCGCAUUGCCAGCGCACGCACACCACUCUGUUCCAACGCCGAAAGAGAGUCUGACAGCGAGAGAGAGAUCCGCACUAUUUUUGCUGCGGCGAUCGGUCGUACAUGAAACGCCAGAGUUGGCAUUUAGCUUUGUCCGCGAGCGGGAGUUCUUUUUUUGUUAUUUAUUUUCGCAACGACGUCGUUCCCUGGAAGUAAGUGCGCACACAUGGCGGUACUACUCGCGACUCGGGCACAUUGCUAAUUCUGAUGCGCGCAGCGAUAGGGUUAAGUGCGGUGCGGUGCGGCUCGCUUCGGAAUUGUUCACCAGCUAGCUUGUGAGUGUAGCAGCUGCAGGGCGACGGCUGCCCGUCCCGAACCCAAUUUUUUUCAAGUGCAAAAAAGCUGGCGUUGUUUAAUAGAAACACAAUAACAAUAAUUAGAGAGCAUUUCGACGACUGCGUCGUCUAUUCCCGAAACAAACUGCAGUCCGUCCCCUAGCGGUACUGGGCAAAUAAGAGUGAAGUGCAUUUCUUUGUCGGCGUGUGCGCGCGCUUCAAAGUUGGCUGCCGCUGAAAAAACGGCUGCGCUUUGACCAGGCCAAAAUCGAGCAAGGCUACAUACUAUGUAUACGAGAUAUCUCUCUCUCUCUCUCUGUCGCUCUUUCUAGUGUGAGCGCAAGCGUCGCGUCGGACUUCGAAUCGGACGUAUCGUCGGGUCGGUAAAAUGCCAAUGCGAUUCCGAGUGUUAAUGAAAAAGGCAAAGCUUAUGAAAAUCUCGAAAGCAACAGCAGCAGUAGCACAACAGUGAAACAGUAGAGCAGCAACAGCGAAAAUCGGAAACUACUUAUAUCAAAAGCAGUCUAUCAGGAAAGAGCGACACACACACACACACACACACACACAUACGCACUAAAUAUCAACUUGUGGAGCUGAUAACGCUGAAGGGAGGGCCUAAAGUCCACUGGCCUUGGAAUGUAUGCCACAAGGGAGACAAAGAGCGCCGCCAAGGCGCAGAAAAAGACCCAAAAGGUGACCAAAAAGCAGCAACAGAAGCAACAGCAGCAACAGCAACAGCAGCAGCAUCAGAACGGCAUCAAAAUCGGGAAUACGACGAGGUCUUCGCCGAAUGCCAAGACCCCACAGCAAACCACCAACAACAACAACAAUAACAAUAAUAGCAUUGUUCCAAACAACAACAAAGAUCCGCCAACGGAAACGACAAACACGGGACAGAAAUUCCGGGCACACUACGAGGCAGAGCGAAGGGCCACUGUGGCAGCCACAACGCUGCCAUCGCUGCCGGGAUACGAGAACGUGGCCAAGAUGGAGCGAUCCAACAGCUUUUCGCUGCGUACAAAGCUCUCGAAGUUCAUCAAUCACCUGACGGGCAGCAAGGAGAACCUGUCGCGCACCGAGGAGGAUGCAGAGUCCGGCCGUACGCCCUUCACGUUCACGCGCAGCCGCUCCAUGAUCCUGAUGCGUCGCCCCAAUCGACGGAGCUUCAUUGAGCCGCAGCUGGAGCAGCUGUCGGAGGAGACGGAGAAGUCCGGGGGGGAUCUCACCUCGCCCGCCUCUCCGCGCAAGACCUCGAUGGCCGAGGAGUCGCCUGUCUUGCUGCGGCGCGGGGAGGUCUCCGACUCAGUGCGUACGCCCACGCGACGCCAAUCGGCGCAUCCGAUUACCUCCACGCCGCUGGAUGAGGUGUCGUCCGCGUUCGCGUCGGCGUCGGCGUCGGUGCCCGUUGUCCAGCGCAAGGCCUCCCUCAUGUCGGACAAUCCGCAGCUGAACUUCCAGAAGCGGCGCUCCAACACGCUGAUCGCCUCCUUCAAGAGCACCUUCAGCGGUCUGGCCGGCGGCGGUGGCGGUGGCAGCGGUGGCAGUGGCAUCGGCAUCGGCGGCAACGAGAAGAAGGACAAGAUGAACCCCAAGUGGAGCGCUUCGCUGCAGUCGCUGCAGGCCAUCGACAACAUGGUGUCCUAUGCCAACAUGUCCUUCAUCGACUACGACAAGUUCAACGGCUACGAGAAGCAGCUCGAGCGGCAGCAGUCGCUCAUGAGUCUCGCGGAGCAGCCGCUGCCCGUUGCCACACAGCUGCCACUGCCUGCCACAGCCAUGACGCACUCCUCGCACUCCCACUCCCCCUCGCCCUCGCUGCCCGUCCCCCUGGUCUCCUCCCUGGAGGAGACGGUGGUCCGGACGGUGGUGAUGCGGCGCAAUAAACGGGGAAGCAGCACCUCUCUGGCGGCCCGCACCAGCCUGGACACCGACUACGAGCACAAUCUCGACAAGGUGCACAACGUCUAUCGCGAGAGUCUCGACUCGCGCACCCUGGAGCUCUUGAAUCUGCGCUCCCGCAACUCGUUCAUCCAGGACCAGCCGCUGCUCUUCGAUGCCCUCAAUCUGGAGGAUGGCUCUGUGGCACGUCGCUGCAAGCUCUGCUCCCAGCGUGUGGCCAGGAGCGGCAGCAUGAAGCAUCAUCAUCAGCAGCAGCAGCAGCGAGAUGCCGUGGACGGGCGAGGGAAUCCAAAGAAACAGCUGAAAUCGAAAAGCCUCACGCACUUGGAUGGCCUCGACACGGUGGUGGCCUGCCAGCACGGGCCCGGGGGGACUGCAGCAACAACAUCGGUUGUCCAGGCACCUGGGGUGUCCUCCGGGCAUCAGCAUCAUCAUCAGGCGGCAGCAACGACACCGACGGCGCUUGGCCGACAGCCCCAUGCGACGGAAAAGAGCGAUCCGGCGAGAGUUUGUCCGCUUUCAGUACUGGCGCCCCAGUCCGUGCCCCACCCACCCACAAUAUACACCCAAGCACCGCAGAUCGUGCGUCGGGCACCGUCGCUGAUGCUCUCACUCUCGCCCACGCUCGACAUAACGACAACGGCCGCGUCCGCCUGCUUUGCCGGCACCGGUCGUCCCACUGUGCACUCGAGUGCCAGCUCCUUGCACCAUCAUCAGCAGCAGCAGCACCAGCAUCAGCAGAACCAAAAGCACCCACAGCAGCCUGCCAUGGCUGCCACGGCUGGCACGGCGGCCACGAGUAGUUGCACCAGUGCCACCAGUGGCACAGCGACAACUCAUUCGAUACCCUCCUCCUCCUCCUUCAAACACUUUCAGUAUCCUGGCGGCGAGGCGCAGGCUGCGGCGACCUCGUUGAGCCCCUACAGCAGCACGCCUACUUCGGGCCCACCGCUGACUUCUCCGUCAGGCCUGUCGGCGACGACGUCGGCGACUGUCAAAAAGAAAUCCUCAUUUCUGCAGCGCAAGAAACCGCUAUUGACACGCAGCGAGGUAUCCAGUUCCGAGUUCUUUUCCGUGUCGUUUUGCAUGGACUCGUCUCAGCAUCCGGACGAGGAAUUCAUACCGGCCACAAAAGGUGUAACCCUACUUAAUGCCCUCAGCCAUGCCCUGCGGCGGAGAAACCUCACCUUUUCGCAGAUCACGAUAACGGACAAUAAUCCCACGCCCAGUUUUUUAGAUGCAGGUCCCUCGCCCGCAACGAGCUCCGUGGAUGAGCAAACCGACGUGGAGAACCUGGCUGGCCACCAUUUGUGCAUCACGGAACGGGGCUCCAAUCGCAAGCCACUGCAGAAGGCGGCCUCCUUUGGAUCCCGACAACCGCCGCCCCGCCUGCUGCCCUCCGCCUCGACGGAAGAGACCAGCGACGCAGCUGUGGCGGCAGGCAAACAGAUCAAACAGCGAUGGUCCUCCCUGUUCGGCAUCAAGAACCCCCAGCAGAGCCAGCUGUGUGAGCUCCUCAACAGCUACUCGCGGAGUGGAGUGCCGCAGCGGGCGGAGGGUCUCAGCUUCGAGCAUCCGGACCUCGACAACUCGCUGGCAUACCUGCAGAACAUGCACAAGUCCUGGCGGGACUUCGUCGAGAGCGAUGCCAUGCCCGAGAGCGAGGUCAAGAUCCAGACGGCCAUAUGGGAGCUGGUCACCACCGAAGUGUACUACAUACACGCCCUGCAAACGGUGACGGAUCUUUUCCUGGCUUGUCUGGAGGCCGUGCAGGAGGAGCGCCUGCUGAUUGAUGUGGACCAGGCGCGUCUGUUCUCCAAUGUGCGGGCCGUCUGCGAGGCGAACAUAAAGUUCUGGACCAUGUGGCUCUAUCCGAUGGUGGCACACAGUGUGAUGACCCACGAGCCCCUGCGAUGCGCCUUCUUCCAGGAGGGAUUCAUUGCGUUCGCCUCCAUCUUUGCGCCCUACAAAAUCUACUGUGCCGAGCAGAGCACUUGCCAGUUCUACUGUAAGGAGCUCAACCAGAACAAUCCCCUGUUCACCUCGUAUCUGGCGUGGUGCGAGUCUCAGAAGAUGUGCAACCGCCUGCGGCUGGCCGACAUUGUGGUGCGGCCGAUGCAGCGCUUGACAAAGUACAGCCUCCUGCUGGCCGCCAUCAAGAAGCACAUGGGGGACGUGGAGGAGAUCGAAGCCAUUGACGUGAUGAUGCACAGCGUCGAGAACUUUGUGGGCAGCGUCAACAAUCACCUAACGAUGCGGCAGGAGAACGAGCGGCUCAAGGGCGUGAUGGUGCGGAUCGAAUCGUACGACGUUGUGGACACCAACAACGAGGGUCUGGAGAAGCUCAUCAAGCAGCACAGCCAGAUGUUCGAUCUGUGCGCCCCCAUGCGGGGCUGUCCGGCAUAUCAUGUGCGGCACCUGUUCAUGGAGGGCGACCACAAGUUCAAGGACAACCUGGGCAAGUCCGAUGUGCACUGCUUCCUCCUGACGGACCUGCUGCUCGUCUGCAAGACAAUGGCCAAGCGGGGCUUGGGCGCCCUGAAGGUCAUCCGACAGCCGUACCUAACCGACCAGCUAAUCGUCCACAUGGCUCCCAAUAACACGCUCAACUGUGUCUACCUUAACGAGUUCCAAGUGGCCACCACAGCGUUCACGCUGCAGUGCACCGAGGCCAAAAACUGGUACGACGCGAUGUGGCGGGCCAAGACCAUCUACCAAAGACUGAAGCGCGGCGCCGGCGGCGGCGGCGGCGGUGGCACAGUGGGUGACAGCUUCCGCUUUGGAGGCAGCGGCACAAGCGGCGGCACUGCCGACUCCCUGGGGGUGCGCAAGUCGCCCAUGAACUCCUCCAUCUGCAGCCAUGUAUCCAGUGCGAACAACAGCCACAGCGGCAGCGUCGAGUGGAACGAUUCGCGCAACAUAUCCGUAGACUUUGAGAAGACAAACUCCGUGUCGAGCGACGAGGGCUCCGGCAUGAUGACGGGCAACCAUGGAAUGGCCGGGAAGGGAAAGCAGCAACUGAUUAGCGGUCUGCACAAGGCAAAGAUAGGGAUGAUUGGGGCCAUUGGCUCCAAGUCGGCGAAUACCCUGACUGUGCAGCCAUUGAACCACCUGGGGCAGAGUCUGCCCAACCUGAACAUGCACCACAGUCACACUAACAAUACCCUGCUCGUGCCGGGCACGACCACUAGCCACUCGGGCAACAUGUUGUUGUCGCCCAGCCAUCGUGGCAUUUCCUAUCCGCCGCCGAGCCCAACGAGAGUGCCGCUGCGCCGUGGCAUGGCCUUCUCGACCUCCACCAAGAAUCCGCCACUGCGGAAGACGCGCAACGUCACCUCCCAGAACAGUAUUAACUGGCACCAGAUACCGGCCACACCGACGCCCACGCCGCCCAGUCCCCGGUCGCAGCACACCACCACCCCGGCCAGCAUUGCCCUGCAGAAGUCGCUGCCUGUGCUGGACCCAUCGUUGCCACCGUUGCUCCACAAGCAGCUCUCCCACCAGGCACCCCUGACGACGUCCAGCACCGAGACGGACGUAUGAUGUGGAGCCAAUGCCCACCUCCGGCGACCGGCGACCGGCAAGCUGUAAUCUUAAGAUAGAUUGCAUCUUACUUGGAGCUGAUCUGACCUAGAUGCAUGCAACGAUAGAAACUAUAUAGAGCGUGUACUUACCUUACCUUACGAUUAACCUGUCACAAAUUAGCAAUAGCACACAGAGAGCACUUUUCUAUUUGGAACUUGUAUUGUGAGAAACGGCACUUUUGGGUCCAAAGCUGAUAUUUAAAUAAUGUACAUUCCAAAACUACUACUACUACUACUACCACCACUACUCCUCCCCGCUCCAGACCACCUAGCCUUUCAAGCUUCGACAUUCAAACACUGAACACUGAAACACUCAGCCAUAUUACGAGUAUUCUUCCCAUAACGAUAUAAAGACAAAUAAAGAUUAAUCAACG